AUGGCCUCUUCCACAAGACGACUUCCUAGAAUCAAAGCCUACAAUCUCGACAGAUGUAAGGCGGCUCCUGUGCCCGACACCUCGCAGCAUACACGUGCCACCGGUGUGACAACAGGGUCCUGCCAACUGGCCGUCCCAGCCCGUUCGAUCCUGGACACCCAAUGCGGACCACAGUCUCUCACAUACCUACGAUCCUCGGCAGCGCCCACAGCUCCCCCACCGCUCUCCCUCCCUCUGCGACCCAAAGAUCCCGGUCCCAACCCUCCUGACAUAGUCACUGUAAAUCGGCGUCCUUCGUUGUGGGCGUGGGUCGCUGACCACUUCUCCAGCGCAGCGCAAGUGGCCGAAGGCUUCCGGACCGCCUUUGUCGCUUGGCUCGUACUCUACAUGGCACUCACGUGGUCUCCGCUCGGCAGCCGGGGCACACCAGGCGUCCGUGGGAUCCUGGAUGGUGCCGAAUCGGAACUCUCUGUCCAUUUAGCCCCGUUUACCCAAUCUCUGCAAGUGGCCUCGGGCCACCUCGUGGGAUGGGUGGAGUUGGAAGGCGAGCGAGCACGGGUUGAGGGUCUUCGCCAUCGCGUCCAUUCCUACCAAGGGCAACAGCGUGACUUGAUGAAUCACUACCGGCAGCUUUAUUCCACCACGCUGCAGAAGGCUCGAAGCGCCGGAGACUGUCGACCCCUCAUCUACCAGCUGCGAGAUAUCAACAGCACGACAAGCCUCCUGACGUCUCAACAUGUGAGUAUCAACUUGACCCUCAAAGGUGUCGUCGAGGAUUUUCGCAUGAGAUCGAACGCGGCGUACGAUGCCAAGAAAGUGUGGCAGGAGCUCAUCUACGAAGCUUAUGCCAGCAUCAGGAGCACGAGGGCGGCCUUCCACACCGAGCCGUAUACAGCCUCUCAACAGCUAGUCCUGGGCAUCAUCGAGCAGCUAGAGACGCAAUGCACAUCGACGCGCCCCAAAUACUUUGUGGCAUGGAGUCCGGAGCAAAUGUUGAACAAGCGGGUCAUCGACGGGCUGUUACCCCGGCUUGACGGCAACGUCAGACGGCUCCUGGAGAGGUAG